UUAGCAGGAUAUCUCUGUCGAUUAGAUAACGACCGACGUUUAUAAAAGGGCCAUCCGCGAAAGCCACUCCGCAGUCCAUCAUCUGGAUCAAUCUCGAAAAAGUGAACCACGACAUCGGAGAGAUUGCUGCAAAUAUCACAAGGACAAAAUUUCCAGAAAUGAGGUUGUUGUGGUUGCUUGCGGCGUUGGGUUUAGCCCAAGCCGGUCCUUUUAAAACCAUCUCCAAUGGUUUAUUCGCUGAAGACAACUUCCGAUUGGACGAAUUCGUCAAACCCGAAUCUUAUGUUAUCGAAUUGUCGCUGAAAGAUAAUUUUGCUACGGACAAAACAUUUACCGGAAAGACCACGAUAGUAUUCAACGUUGAGAAAGAGACCAGUUCUAUACGCUUGCAUAGAGCUGAGGAAAUGGAUAUAGAACUGGCUAAUAUUGUUCUUACCGAUGAUAAAAAAGCAGAAAUUAAAAUAGAAAAAAUGACAUACGACGCUGUCACUGAAAUCAUUACGCUCAUACUUAAAGGAGAUCUUGUAAAAAACACCAAAUACAGUCUUGAUUUCAAAACAUUUAAAGGUAAACUGUACGAGGACAUGUAUGGAUUCUAUUUGAGCACCUACAAACUGGAUGCAAAGAAAACUGAGACUAUCGCCACUACGCAAUUCCAGGCCACGUACGCUCGUCGUGCAUUCCCUUGCUUCGAUGAACCACAAUUUAAGGCCAAAUUUACCAUUACUAUAAAUCAUCCAAUCGGAUACACGGCUCUUGGAAAUCAACCAAAAAUCGCAGCUUCUACAAAUGUUAAGACUACAUUCAAAGAAACUGUGAGCAUGUCCACCUACAUUGUGGCUUUUGUUGUUUCAAAAUUUGAAGCUCAACCUACCAAUAACAAAGAAAUGAGCAUUUGGGCAAGGAAGGAAGCCAAAGAAACUAUGAAGUUUGCUGCUGAAGAUACACCUAAACUCGUCAAACAAUUGGACGAAUACACCGGAAUUCCGUAUUUAUCUACAAAAAUGGAACAGUUGCAUCAAGUGGCCAUUCCUGAUUUUUCGGCUGGAGCUAUGGAAAAUUGGGGACUCUUGACUUACAGAGAAAGCGCUCUCCUAUGGGAUCCUAAAGAAUCAACCACCAAAAACAAGCAGCGUGUAUCAUCCAUCAUGGCCCACGAACAAUCCCACAUGUGGUUCGGUGAUUUGGUAACCAUGAAAUGGUGGGAGCACGCUUGGCUCAACGAAGGUUUCGCCAGAUUCUUCGAGUAUUUCACCACCGGAGAGGUUCACCCUGAUUGGAAUACGAUGGAACAAUUUGUUGUUGAGCAAAUGCACACCGUAUUCCCAUUGGACGCCGUUACAUCUCAGCCGUUAUCUAACAAAGUCGAUUCAGCCACCGAGAUUCAAUCAAACUUCGGUUCCAUCACCUACAACAAGGGUGGAUGCAUCGUCAGGAUGAUGCAACACUUGAUGGGAGUCAAGGAAUUUAAAAAGCGUAUUCAAAAAUAUUUGAAAAGAAACCAAUUUGAGAAAACAGUCCCAGACGAUCUGUUCAGAGAAUUGAGCAACAUGGAAGACGUGACCGAAAUGAAAAACUUUAUGAAGGAAUGGAUCUACAGUCCCGGAUAUCCAGUUGUCUCUGUUAAUUAUUCGAAAGGAAAGGUCUUGCUCAAACAAGAGCGUUUCGUGUACGACAAGCAAACAACACCGGAAAAAAAAGAAGCCAAAACUAUUUGGAAGAUACCAAUUAGUUAUUCUAUAGAAGAUGAAGCCGAUUUCCAAAAUACUAAACCUAAACUUAACAUGACCGGUGAAACUGGUGAGAUUAUAGUUCUACCUAAAAAAUGGAUCAUCUUGAACAUGCAGCAGACUGGAUACUAUCGCGUCAAUUACGAUGGAAUAUUGUUGGGUUUAAUUCACGAGACGUUGAAGGACAAAAAGAAAAUUGAUAAGAUUGAUCCAAUAAGUCGUGCUCAGCUCGUCGACGAUGUUUUCAAUUUGGCGCGCGGAGGCUACAAAACAUACAAGGAAAGUUUAGACUUCAUCGGUUACAUGAAAGAAGAAACGAGCUACUACCCAUGGUACACCGCCUUCAAUUCUUUCUCUUUCUUGAGGAAACGACUUUCGGGAAGUCUGCACACCGAUUUGACUAAUUAUAUGAAAGAUCUCAUGGCAAAUGUUUACAAAUCUUUGACAACAGGAAAUAAAGCCAUCGAGAGUGAACAUAUUGGAAAAUUGAAGAAAACACUUAUUAACCAGUGGGCUUGCGAAAUCAACAUGGGCACUUGUGUUCAAUCUUCAAAAGAACAGUUUAAGAAAUACAUGGAAGGAGGAGCUGCGAUUGAACCAGAUAUGAGGAGCGUUGUAUAUUGUGCCGCUGUCCGUCACGGCAGUGACAAGGAAUGGGAACACUUAUUCAAUAAAUUCGCAAAUGCAAAGACCACUGCUUCUGAGAAUGCAACAAUCAUUACCGCACUUGGCUGCACGAAUGAUAAAAAAUUGCAAGAGAAAUACUUGGCUAGUUCAAUUGGUGGAACCAUCAGGAAACAAGACGCGCAGAGCGUUUUCACCGCUGUCCUUACCGGAAAUCCUACCGGCGUCGAUAUUGCGUUGAACUUCAUGGCAACCAAAUUCGAAGAAAUCGUGAAAAGUUAUGGAGGUAUGAAUUCUCUCUCGAACGUUAUCACUAGCAUCUCUGAGAGAAUCACCAGUCCCGAGCAAGUGAAGAAGUUCGAGAAAUUCCUGAAGGACAACGAAGGCAAACUCCAAGACGCCACCAAAGACGUGACGAAAGCAGCCAUCGCCACAGCCGAGACCAACAUGAAAUGGGUGAAGAGCUACGAAAAAGAUCUAACGGCUUGGUUCAAUACGUACAAUGGUAGAAAUUCGGCAGCCGGUAUUACCGGAUCUUUGGCGCUCGUCGCCGCCUUUGCAAUCAUCUCCAAGAUGCUGCAUCUUCCAGAAAUGAUAUUGUUGUGGUUGCUUGCAACGUUGGGAUUAGUACAAGGCGGUCCUCUUAAUAACACCUCCAAUGGUUUGUUCGGUGAAGUCAACGACCGAUUGGACGAGUUCGUCAAACCUGAAUCUUAUGAAAUCGAUAUAUUGCUGACAGAUGGUUUUGCUUUGAAAAAAAUAUUUACCGGAAAGUCUCAGAUAAAAUUCAACAUUGAGAAAUCGACAAAUGUUAUACGCUUGCAUAAAGCUAAGGAAUUGAUAAUACUUGAUAACGAUAUUGCUCUUACCGAUGACAAAACUGUGGCACUUGGAAUAGUUAAUGUUGAAUACAACGAAGACACCGAAAUUCUUCAUAUUACAAUUGGAAACUAUCUUGCUAUAGGCAAAUACAUUCUUCAGUUUAGAUCAUUCCAAGGAACGCUGGCCGAAAACGCGUACGGAUUUUAUUUGAGCACCUAUAAAGUGGACUCAAAGAAUACUGAGACUUUCGCCAUUACGCAAUUCCAGCCCACGUACGCUCGUCAUGCAUUCCCUUGCUUCGAUGAACCACAAUUUAAAGCCAAAUUUACCAUUACUGUAAAUCAUCCAUUGGGAUACACGGCUCUUGGAAAUCAACCAAAAAUAAAUACAAGUCCCUCAACAACUAUAUUUAAAGAAACUGCACCGAUGUCCACAUACGCUGUAGCUUUUGUUGUUGCAAAAUUUGAACCCAUAGCUACUACACAUAAGCAGAUGAAAAUUUGGGCAAGGAAGGAAGCCAGAGAAUUUAUGGUGUUUGCCGCCGAAGAUACACCUCUACUCGUACAGAAACUGAACCAAUUUACCGGAAUUGAUUAUUUCUCGACAACAAUGAAUCAGUUGCUCCAAGUGGCCAUUCCAGAUUAUCCGGCUGGAGCUACCGAAAAUUGGGGACUCUUAACUUUCAGUGAAAGCGCUCUCUUAUGGGAUCCUAAAGAAUCAACCACCAAGAACAAGCAGCGUGUGUCAUCGAUUAUGGCUCACGAGCAAUCCCACAUGUGGUUUGGCAAUUUGGUUUCCAUGAAACGGUGGGAGGACGCUUGGCUGAACAAAGGUUUCGCCAGAUUCUUAGAGUAUUUUAUCACUGAAAAGGUUCACCCUGAUUGGAAUAUGAUGGAUCAAUUUGUUGUUGAGCAAAUGCACACCGUAUUCCCAUUGGACGAUGUUACAACUCAGCCGCUAUCCAACAAAGUCAGUUCUUCCUCUGAUAUUCAAUCAAAUUCCAUCACUUACAAUAAGGGUGGAUGUAUCGUCAGGAUGAUGCAACACUUAAUUGGACCGCCCGAAUUUAAGAUGCGCAUACAACAAUAUUUAAAUAAAAACAAAUUUUCGAGCGCAGUUCCCGACGAUCUGUUCAGAGAAUUGAGCUCCAGCGAAAAUGUGAACGAAAUGAAAAACAUGAUGAAGGAAUGGAUCUAUAGUCCCGGAUAUCCAGUUGUCUCUGUUAGUUAUUCGAAAGGAAGAGCCGUGCUCAAACAAGAACGUUUUGUGUAUGAGAAACACUCAACACAGGGAAAAAAAGAAAGCAAGACUAUUUGGAAGAUACCAAUUACUUACACUACAGGAGACAAUCCCGAUUUUAGAAAUACUAAACCUAAAAUAAACAUGACUAGUGCAACUACUGAGAUUACAAUUGAUACAAAAAAAUGGAUUAUAUUUAACAUCCAGCAGACCGGAUACUAUCGCGUUAAUUACGAUAGAAUAUUGUUAGGAUUAAUUCACGAGACGUUGAAAGACAAGUCGACAAUUGAUGAGAUUGAUCAAAUAAAUCGUGCACAGCUCGUCGACGAUGUUUUAAAUUUGGCACGUGGUGACUACACAAAAUACAACGACAGUUUGAACUUCAUCGGUUACAUGAAAGAAGAAACGAGCUACUACCCGUGGUACACUGCCUUCAACUCAUUUUCUUUCUUGAGGAAACGAUUUUCGGGAAAUCUGUACACCACUUUGACCAAUUACAUAAAAGAUCUCAUGGGAAAUGUGUACAAAUCUUUGGAAAGAGCAGAGAUAACCACCGAAAGUGAGCACAUCAGAAAAUUGAAGAAAACACUUGUUAUGCAGUGGGCUUGCGAGAUCAACAUGGGCGAUUGCGUGAAAACUUCGAAAGAUGAUUUUAAGAAAUAUAUGGAAGGAGGAGCAGCGAUUGAACCAGAUAUGAGGAGCGUCGUAUAUUGCGCCGCUGUUCGUCACGGAAGUUUUAAGGAAUGGCAAUUCUUGUUCGAGAAAUUAGCAAGUGAACAGUCUGUUUCUUCUGAGAAUGCAAAAAUCAUCACGGCACUCGGAUGCACUAAUAAUACAAUUUUGCAGCAAGAAUACUUGACCAGUUCGAUUGAUGGAACAAUCAGGAAACAAGACACGCAUAGCGUCUUCACCGCUGUCCUCACCGGUAAUCCAACCGGCGUCAAUAUUGCGUUGAAUUUCAUGGCAAACAAAUUCGAAGAAAUCGUGAAGAAUUAUGAAGGUAUGAAUCCGCUCUCCAAAGUUAUCACGAGCAUCGCUGAGAGAAUCACCAGUUCCGAGCAAGUAGAGAAACUCAAAAAGUUCUUGAGAGACAACGAAGGCAAACUCCAAGACGCCACAAAAGACGCGACGAAAGCAGCCAUCGCCACAGCCGAGACCAACAUGAAAUGGGUGAAGAACCACGAAGAGGAAAUAAUGACUUGGCUCAAUAAGUACAAUAGUAGAAAUUCGACAGCCGGUAUUGCCGGAUCUUUGUCGCAGGUCGCCGGCUUCGCAAUCAUCUCCAAGAUGCUGCAUUAAAACAGUCAUCAACAUUUUUAUUCUUAUUGAUUUUUCUUUCACUUUAUAUUUAAGGAAUAAAAUGUUAACUAUA